CGCCCCGUUCCCAGCGUGCCCCGCGCGGUGAAGAAGCGGCGGCUGCAGGCUGGGGGCAUUUUGUGUCCGCGGUAGCAGCGGUUGAGAGACAAGAUGGCGGCGGCGGCCGAGUGAGGAACCGGCGGCGGCCGCGACCCGGCGGAGUCAGCGGGCUUCGCGUUUCCCUUCCCCUUCCCCCUCUCCCUAUCCCUGCCCUCACAGCACCUCGGGGGCCGCCCCUCGUCUUUUCUGGAGGGCGCCGAGAGCCGAGCGCCGCCCGGCCGGGGAGCGGGACAGAGCCGCGCAGGGGGGCGCCCGCCGGAGGGGCCCGGCUGGAGCUGAGCAGCGGGGACCAGCCUGCCUUGUUCUGCCUCCCCCCCCCCCCCCCCUCUUUUCCCUCCCCUGCCCCUUUCCCCUCCUCUGGGGCGGCGGUAGAGCCCUCUUUCUCCCCCCGAGCCUCUCAGCUCCGGGAGGGCCCCUCAGCCGCCCCUCGCCAUGGCGAGUAGCAGCGGCUCCAAGGCCGAGUUCAUUGUCGGAGGCAAAUACAAGCUGGUGCGGAAGAUCGGCUCGGGCUCCUUCGGGGACAUCUAUUUGGCGAUCAACAUCACCAACGGGGAGGAAGUUGCUGUAAAGUUGGAGUCUCAGAAGGCUAGACAUCCCCAGCUGCUGUAUGAAAGCAAACUAUACAAGAUUCUGCAGGGAGGAGUUGGCAUCCCACAUAUACGGUGGUAUGGUCAAGAAAAGGACUACAAUGUUCUAGUUAUGGAUCUUCUUGGUCCCAGCCUGGAAGACCUAUUCAACUUCUGUUCUCGCAGGUUUACGAUGAAAACAGUACUUAUGUUAGCAGACCAGAUGAUCAGUAGAAUUGAAUAUGUGCACACAAAGAAUUUUAUACACAGAGACAUUAAACCAGAUAACUUCCUAAUGGGUAUUGGGCGUCACUGUAAUAAGUGUUUAGAAUCUCCAGUGGGGAAGAGGAAAAGAAGCAUGACUGUUAGUACUUCUCAGGACCCAUCUUUCUCAGGAUUAAACCAGUUAUUCCUUAUUGACUUUGGUUUGGCCAAAAAGUACCGGGACAACAGGACAAGGCAACACAUACCAUACAGAGAAGACAAAAAUCUCACUGGCACAGCUCGAUAUGCCAGUAUCAAUGCACAUCUUGGCAUUGAGCAGAGUCGUCGGGAUGACAUGGAGUCUCUAGGCUAUGUAUUGAUGUACUUUAACAGAACCAGUCUGCCUUGGCAAGGAUUAAAGGCUGCAACAAAGAAGCAAAAGUAUGAAAAGAUUAGUGAAAAGAAAAUGUCCACUCCUGUUGAGGUUUUGUGUAAGGGAUUCCCUGCAGAAUUUGCCAUGUAUCUGAACUACUGUCGUGGCCUGCGCUUUGAAGAGGCACCAGAUUACAUGUAUCUGAGGCAAUUAUUCCGUAUUCUUUUCAGGACCUUGAACCACCAAUAUGACUACACAUUCGACUGGACAAUGUUAAAGCAGAAAGCAGCACAGCAGGCAGCCUCUUCCAGUGGGCAGGGGCAGCAGGCCCAAACCCCCACAGGCAAGCAAACUGACAAAUCCAAGAGUAACAUGAAAGGUUUCUGAGCAUGGCGAGGAUGGGACAAAGCAGAGCAGAUCGGAGCAGGACUUGUCACUCCCCAAAUCCUAGAAAUUUUAGUUCAUACGUACACUUGCCAGUGGCUGUGGGCAACCAUUUACUUGGUGUAAAGAACUUAAUAUCAGUAUAAACUGGCUCUGGGCAGUGUCAGUGAUGCUGCACUUUGAGUUGUAGCAGCUGUAAUUGUGAAUAUUACUGAGAUAGUGAAACAUGGUGUCCAGUUUUCUAUUGCAUUUUUUUCAAGUGGAAAAGUUAACUAAUGGUUGACACACAAGUGGAGAAAAUUGUGCAUAUGCCAAUUUUUGUUACCUUUUUACUUUGAACUACACUGCUUAUGAGAUCUCAUUGUUUUGGAAGAAUGGCAUGAACAGUCUUCGGCAACAGUUGUGAUAAUUGUAAAUGCUCACAAUUGUGCACUCUUUUCUGGUUAUUCCUCCCUGGGUUUUGAAAGUUGUACACUUAAAACAUUCUUAAAGUUGUUGGCUUCUAUGUGCAACAUACCAAGCCAGCUGACAUGGUAGUAACCAAAGAUUCCAGUUUUUAAGCGUAUGAAAGACUCUGCCUGCUUACCUGUGCUAGAAAUAACAGCAUCUAAAGUGAAGACUUAAGAGAAACUUAGCGACUACUAGAUAAUCUUUAGGACUCUGCAUUAACUCUAUAAUGUUCUUGGUAUAAAAGGAAAAACAGCAUAUUUGUCACAAAAUUUAGUUAACAUCUUACAACUGAACCUGUAUGUAAGUUGCUUAGAUAAAUGUAAUCACUGUAAACAUCUAUAUGAUCUGGGAUUUUGUUUUUAUUUUGAAGCGGGAGCUUUUUGUUUACAAGUUCAUUAAAAACUAAAAACUGUUUCUGUAAGGAAAUGAGAUUUUUUUUUUUUAAUUUGCCUUGUUAAUUCAGUUUAAGAAAUCAACAUUACCCUGUUUUUAAACCAAGUUUCGAGGCCAUUUGUUAAGCAAAAGAAGUCAUAUUUCUUUCUAAAUCAUUUUAGAUUUAGUGUUGUAACUCUUCCUCAUUUUGUUUUUAAAUAAAUUUUGUAUUUUUCCCUUGAGGGGGAAGGGGCAGUCUUGCAUUUUUAUAACUUGUUGUUUGAGACCAGCCCUCUAUACUAAGAUUGGAUUUUUUUUAAAUGAAAUGGCAUCUUUUGCAGAUCUGGUAUUGGCAGCCUCCGAGCAUUGCCAUGUCAUGCAUCGGCUGGACUGACUUGUGAUUGCUAGUUUUGAGAAAAAUUUGAAUGGAGUAUUUGGAUGGUUUUAAACCAAGGCAUUUUCUUUCAAGUUCUUGUGAAGUGGAUAUGACCAGAUUUACUCUUGUUCUUGGGGACAGCCUCGCACCAUGCAGAGUUCACAUUGGUUACUGCCCCAGGCUGUCUUCCUUCUCACUCCUAUUCUAGCCCAGCUGAAAGAAAGAAAUACUUUUAUUGCUGGUAAUUCUUUAACAGUGUAAUUUAUUCCUUUAUAGCAUGUCAGAAUAAAUUAAAAAAAUGUCUGAAAAUGCUGCCAGAUGCCUAUUGUGUAAAUGUUGUUUGUAUGUUAGCUUUUUAGACAGUUUCCAUGCAUGUAGCAGAGUUCCUGCUCACAGUUCAUAUUUUUACUGUUUGAAAAGGUCUUUCAUUUUUAAAACCAUUUCUUCAAGAUCAUAAUACUUACACUGUGCACUCUCUGUCAUCACGGAGUGGUAAUCUGGAUCAAGGCCGCACUGUCCUGCGGUCACUAUGCAUACUCUCUUUACUAGAAGGAUCUGCCCUGAGAAGAUGUUAAACUUUAGCUGGAGAACAUUGUGUGCUAAUAAACAUUUGUAUAGAUAAUCUGGGAGUACAGGGAGGCAAAAAGUCUUCCGGGCUUCAGAGAUAUCUGUGCACAUUUGGAAACUUCUCUUCUGAGUCAGAGUGGUCUCUCUCUGUUACCUGGAAGGUGGAAGAAGAAAUGUAGCUCAUUCUUCUGGCUAGGGUGUUUUUCUAGACUUUGAGUAUUACCCCAUCCGAAUAAGGAUGCUUUACAAGCAAUGCUUCAUAUGAAAACUGGUAUGUUUCUAAGAACUGGUAUCUAGAAUACUAUGUUACGUCCUUAUAUAUGAUUUCUACUGUCUAGGCAAUGCAUCUGACAACAUGCAUUGGCAGAAGGGGAAGAAGCAUCAAUGGAAAUGUCUUCUUGGCAGCUGUUUUCAGAGUGGCUGCUUGGAAUUGUUUUGGCACAACUUUUCUUGCUUUGACAUGAGAUAUUCGAAAGUUGGAGGAAACGAUUUGGUUUCAGAAGAAAUUUUUUCCUCUGUCCAUUAAAUUUACUCAUGACUUUGAGGAGGGUUGUCAAAUUUUAGAAACAAAACUGCCCUUGAUAAGCACUGUAAGCAAGAACAGUUCAUAUGCUUGGAGUGUCAAAAUGCAUUGGUUUGUAGUUCUUAAAACUGCAAGCCUUGUCCUACGGAGGAGCAUGGAGUCCAGUUAGUCUUUCAGACAUGGUGUGUUAAUAGAGUUUACUUCUGCACAGAAGUGCGGGCUUAAACUGCCAGCUGUGUCAUGCUGCUUUGCAGAAAACCAGCCUGCACCAGACAUGCUGAACAAUGAACAAGAUGGCAACCUUCCUUAAAGAGAUGCUGUGAUACUGAACACUCAUUUGCUGUAUAAUCUAUUUGGUUUGUAACAGACUUAAAACUGAAAGCAUUAAAAACUAUGUGGAUCUUGA